UCUCCUGGUUUUUUAUCUUCUUCAUCUGCUACUAUUGCUCCUGCUGCUGCUCCCAUUGCCAAUGCUGUUCCUCCCAAUGCUACUGUUCCUCCCACUGCUGCUCCUGUUCCCACUGCUGCUCCUGCUCCUACUGCUGCUGCUGCUGCUCCUGAUCCUACUGCUGCUCCUGCUCUCACUGCUGUUGCUGCUCCUCCUGCUGCUGCCACCGCUCCCACUGCUGCUCCUGCUCCUACUGCUGCUCCUGAUCCUACUGCUGCUCCUGCUCCCGCUCCCACUGCUGCUGCUCCUCCCACUGCUGCUCCUGCUCCCGCUGCUGCUCCCACUGCUGCUGCUCCUCCCACUGCUUCUCCUGCUCCCGCUGCUGCUCCCACUGCUGUUGCUGCUCCUCCUGCUGCUGCCACCGCUCCCACUGCUGCUCCUGCUCCCACUGCUGCUGCCAAUCCUACACCCACUCCUCCUGUUGCUGCAAGGCAUACUAAUGUUCCUAAUGCUAUUCCACCUAUUUUUGCACCUUUUUUUAACUUAACUUUUGUCUGGGCUUUGGCAUACAUCUCAUUCGUGUAGUGUGCUCCAUUGUUUCUCUCCACCAUUUGUUCAAUUUUCUUUAGCAGCUCUUUAACUUGAUCCUGAUUUUGUCUGUUUUCAUUGUUGAAGGAGUGAUAUGGGAUUUUCUUCGUUAAAUCUUGUAGAUAUUGAUUUUUUUUAAUAAACUC